AGCUGAUGUGAGCAUCGUGUUCGCACGCCAACUCGAAAAUGAUCGAUGAAACACCAAUUCUCGCGACGCGUGCACUCUCAGCAUCGAAUGCAACCGAGGAUAGAACGAACUUCUACGCGGCCCCAAUCACCGUUGAGAGAGAGAGAAAUUGCUCAAGGCGUCGGCCGCCGGCGAGCAGGAUUCGCAUUUAGUGGAGUUGCCGAGAAGGAUGAAUGUUUGCUGUUCCGAUGCCGGCUAACAUGGACCAACGGACGGAUUCGAAAACUCGUCUCUCGACAGUCUGCAAAAGUGUGGUCACAAAGACCAUUGAGAGCUUGGUGUUUGACCAUUCCAGACCAGUGACGUUCUGGCCCCGAAGUCUCGGAUUGCCUAAUUGGAACAAUCGCUUGUCUUUCAGCUCUCGAAUCACAGAACAACAGGGAUGUUGGUCACGUCGCAGAAAAAUAAGCUGGAGAGCGUAAUGGCAAAAGAACAAUAUGAAUGACCCGAGAGCGAGAAUGUGGAACCACAGCCCAAGACAUUCCGACCCAUUUGCAGCUCGAGACAACACCGCUUCUGCCUGCGGCCCACGCCAAAUGCAGCAUGAGAUGCACACUCGAUCUCGAAGAGCUUGCUGAAACGAUCGAGCACAAGAUCGCAGAGGUGCAACCAGUAGUCCUCGUAACAGAUUUUAGACCGGUGAACAGCUGAGCCAAUCGCCGUCCUGUUUGCGCAAGCCACUCUAUGAUCCCACUUCAGCUGCGACGCCACGCCGAGAAUUGAGCAUACAGGUCCUGUCAGAUCGAAGCAUGACGUCUAGAACGCGAUCAUACUAUCAAUGGCCGCCGGCAGCUGUCCGCCAGGCCGCCAACAUGAAACGCAGACACAGCUUUGAACGAGUCGAUGUACAACACUACGGCGCGAAAAGAGCACUUUGCCUACCUUGUCGGCAGGUGGCUUGAGCAAUAGCAAUACAAGUGAUGGACCAAAUCAAUGCAUGUGGCAACAGGGUCUACUUAGGGCUGUCGCACGAGCAGCUCCAGCCUUGGCCAAUAUCGAGCUUUAUUCCCGACUAUUCGUCAAUGCAUCACUCAAUACACAACUGAAAACAG